ACAGACUGGCGGCCGAGGCCGAGAAUAGUAAGAUGGAAAAGAGUGAAAGCAAGAUCGCUCUACUCCUCUCCCAUCUCACGGAUCUCCUGGCAACAUGCAUUACACAGCAGGAGGAUAUCCACAGCCUCGACGACGCGUUAGCUCAAGUCAGCAGCCGCCUCCAACAGCUGGAGCAACGAACCGUCACCGCCCCCAAUGCCAGCUCCUCCAACACCCCCGAUCGCCUUAAUGCAUUGGAGAUCGACAUCGGAGCCCUCAAGGAUGAGACGCAGCUACAGCAAACCGCCACGCAACAACUGGAGCAGCGGAUCUGUGCUGCCACUGCCAACCCAAGUUCGACACUGCGCGAGACGACUCCAAGGUUCGACGAUCAGGAGAUCUUCUGCGAUUCGAUGAAGACGGACCCGAUUCCAUGGUUCCGCAAGUUCGAGCUCAAGUUGCAGCUACACCACGUCAGCGAGGAGAAGCAUCAUGCGUGUUCAUACUCCCGGUCGGGAGCCGGGUUGCUUGACGAGUUCACCGACAUCUUUGAGUCACCUACCGGUGUGGUGCCGGAUCGGCCGAUCUCUCACGAGAUCAUUCUUGAGGCCGGUGUCGUGCUGCCAAAAGGUUGCAUUUAUCGCAUGAGCGAGGAGGAGAUUACGAUCCUCCGCGCGAAACUCGAUGACUUGUUGGACAAGGGUUGGAUCCGCCCUAGUAGCUCCCCAUACGGAGCACUAGUUCUCUUCAUACAGAAGAAGGAUCUACGAUUGUGCAUAGACUACCGCAAGCUCAACGCGCGAAUCAUCAAGAAUGCGGGGCCUCUUUCUCGUACCGACGAUCUUCUUGAACGAUUGGGCGGCACAAAGUACUUUUUUAAGCUGGAUUUGAAGUCGGGAUAUCAUCAAAUUUUGAUCCGGCCGAACGAUCGCUAUAAAUCGACGUUCAAAACGCGGUAUGGGCAUUGUGAAUGGGUGGUCAUGCCUUUUGGCCUCACCAACGCCCCGGCGACCUUUCAAGCGGCAAUGACCAACGAGUUUCGUGCGAUGUUGGACCGGUUCGUGCUGGUCUACUUAGACGACAUUCUCGUCUAUAGUCGGACAUUGGAGGAUCAUCUUGAGCACCUUCGACGAGUGUUGGAGACGCUCCGCCGCGCCAAGUACAAGGCCAACCGCAACAAGUGCGAAUUUGUCCGCAAGAGCUGGAAUACUUGGACCAUUUUGUCACACCGGAGGCCAUCAGUCCGUUGUCAGACAAGAUUCAAGCCAUCCAAGAGUGGUCGGAGCCGCGGAACGUCACGGAUGUUCGUUCGUUCCUUGGCCUUGCCGGUUACUACCAACGUUUUAUCAAGGGAUACUUGAAGAUCGCGGCCCACUUGGCCAAGCUUCAAUGCG